AAAGGGCGGAACCCAAACAGCCACGUAGUAGAAGAAGCUCCCGAGAAGUUCUCUGUGAAUGCUGGCUCACUUUUCAUCUGAUCCUAGCUCAGAAGAUGGACUUGUGAGACAGUCAUUUCGUAAGGGCACCAGCAUUACAGUGGUAUUUCCCAAUUAAAAUGGAUUCUAACCAGUGUGAGAUGGCAUAGUUGGAGGUCGGGGCAUACCCAGAAGAUAAAGUCAUAAAGCCCAAAGAAGCUGAAGCCCUUACUGGACAAAACGAAAUGGAACAACAGUCAGACAGUUCACAACACAAAGAGGAUAUUUGUAAUGGUCCUGUCAAUUCAGAUUUGAUGUCAAAUGGAGAAAGCAUAACGGAGAGUGUGGGUGCUGCUAGGGACGGAUCCCUGCCUGCUCCAACACCUCCCCAGAGCACCAGCUCCUCUGUCGACCCACAGACCCAAGAGCCCUCCCCAGGUGUGGCCGCUUUACCACCCGCGAUGCUAGAGAGGUCUGAGAGAGCUAGUGCUGAUGUUCUCAAGGGGGAUGCUUUGCAGUCUCUCAGACUCAGUAUUCCUAUGCAGGAGACUGAAUUGUCCAACCAGAAGCCUUCCCUAGAGAUGGAGAAUGAGGAGAAGAUUCGCCUGGAGGCUCGCCGCCGUCUGGAGGAGCAGCUAAAACAGUACAGAGUGCAGAGACAUAAGGAAAGGUCUCAUCGUACAAAGAACAGACCGUUCAGUACCCUGGAUCCAGAGCUCAUGCUGCAUCCUGAGGCUCUGCCACGGGCCAGUACUGUUGCCAUGACCAAGGAGUAUUCCUUCUUGAGGACCAAUGUGCCCCGUGGACCCAAACUGGGUAGUUUGGGAAUUCCCCCUUCCAAAGAGAGGAAUUCCACUUCGAAUCGCCCCAGGAAGGUCCAUUCCUUGGCUGACUUAAAAUCUUCUGAGAAUGAUGGUGAUGGAGGGGGAGGAGGCAGCGUAAGGUCAUUAGACAGCACAGUGGGCUCUCGGCAAUCCACCAUCAGUUCGGUUUCCACUGUUUCUGAGAUCAGUGUCAAGUCGGAGCUCAGUACCACUCAAACAGAAGGGGAACCUGGAUCGUUCUUCCAGAUAGGGGAUAACGUUUCAGAAAGCAGUGAAUCGGGUACAAGGCUGUUGAACGAUGGGAAUGACAGUGACAGUUCGUCUUAUAGCAGUGUGUCGGCCAGGGGGACCUAUGGUAUGCUCGCUGGCGCAGUGGACAGACAGCAGGGACCUUACACAGUGGAAGGCCGGGAGAUUGCCCCUGAAGCCAUGGGUCAGUUCCCAUCUCUGCAGCAGGUGCUUCAGGAAGCAAGGGAAGAGCAACACUUUCUGGAGCUGGACCAGGAGAGAGAAGGAACAGCAGAAUCUCGCAGCCGCAGAGACAGUUUCUCAAGCAGUGUUUCUUUGGAGAGUUCUGUGAUGGGUCAGGAUGAAAUGCUCCAAGUAUUGAAAGACAAAAUGAGACUCGAAGGGCAGCUGGAGUCCUUGUCUACUGAGGCCAAUCAGGCUCUCAAGGAGAAGACAGAGCUCCAGGCCCAGCUUGCUACAGUGAAUGCUCAGCUGCAGGCUCAGAUGGAGGAGGCUCAUGUCAGCCAUGAGAAGCAGAGUGCUCUUACGUCAGAGGUUGGCACGCUACGCCAAAACUGCAUCCAGCUGGAAAAGGCAAUGGUAGAACUUCAGGGAAGUUUGGAAAGCAAGAAUGCCAGUCUGGCUUCUCUAAGCAAUGACCUGAAGGUGGCCGAAGACCAAUACAACAGGCUGAUGGGGAAAGUGGAGGAGAUGCAAAAGGCUGUAACCUUGAGGGACAAUACAGUCCAGGACUUGCGUCAGCAGAUGGGCGGCCUUCAGAGUCAGCUUCAACAGGUUCAGUUGGAGCGUAGCACCCUACAAAGUCGACUGAAGACCUCCCAGGCUGAAAUUGACUCCCUGCAGCAAGUCCGACAGUGGUACCAGCAGCAGCUCGCAAUGGCCCAGGAGGCACGAGUACGAUUGCAAGGCCAAAUGGCUAACAUGCAGGCUGGACAGAUGACUCAGAUUGGUGUCUUGGAACAUCUGAAGCUGGAAAAUGUGACGCUGUCCCACCAACUCACAGAGACCCAGCACCGCUCCAUCAAAGAAAAAGAGCGUAUUGCUGUUCAGCUGCAGAUCAUUGAGGCUGACAUGCUUACUCAGGAAGCUGUGUACAAGCAGAUAAAAGAUGCCAAGACCAUGGUGGAAGAUGACCUACAACAUAAACUGGAUGAGUUUGAGCAGGAUCGAGAGCACCUAUUGAAACUGGCCAACACAGCCAGUACUUUGGAAAGGGAACUGGAACAGGUGAAGCUGACCCUUUCUCAGAAGGAUGUGCAGCUGCAGUCACUUCAGAAAGAACAUCUGGAGUUGAUGCAGCAGCUGACUACAACUCAGGAGAACGUGCACACCAAAGAGCAAUCCAUCAAUCAGUUAGAGGCCCACUACCUGGAGCUGGAGGCCCAGUUGACUGAGCUGCAGAAUGAGAGCAGUGCCAAGGACGACAACAUCCAGUAUCUACAGAACGAAAAGAUUGUCUUGGAAGUGGCAUUACAGGCAGCUCGGGCCGACAAGGGCCAACUUGAUGAGGGAGUUGAACAGCUCGGGGAGGGUGUGCUGGUUGCUGCAGAUAUCUUGGAUCAGCUAAGACAGGAAGUCCAGGUCAAAGCCACUCAGAUUGACACACUUCAACAAGAAAACAGUUCCAUUCAGAAACAAGUUCAGAAGUUAAAGGAACAGUUCCUGCAACAAAAGGUAAUGGUAGAAGCCUACCGCCGGGAUGCCGGCUCCAAAGACCAGCUCAUCAGUGAGCUUAAGUCCACCAAAAAGCGUUUGCUUGUGGAGGUGAAAGAUCUGAAACAGGAGCUGCUGGGAGUCCAGGGGGAGAAACAGAAGGCCGAGCAGCAGCAGGGCCGGCUCCAGAAGGAGGUGCUAAGGGUGCAAGAGCAGAUGAGCAGCCUGGAGACCCAUCUUCAGGCCAUUCAGAAAGAAAGGGAUCAGUUAGAAACCCAAAUCCAGUCUAUGCAGUUCGACAGGAGCCAGCUCACAGCUGUGACUGAGGAGAACGAGGGCCUGAGGAAGCAGGUGGAGCAGAUGGAAGGAGAAGCCAAGAAGGCUAUCACAGAGCAGAAGGUGCGGAUGAAGCGGUUGGGAACCGAUCUGACCAGUGCACAGAAGGAGAUGAAGGCCAAACACAAGGCUUACGAAAAUGCCGUGGGGAUCUUAAGCCGGCGACUCCAAGAAGCUUUGACUGACAAGGAGGCUGCUGAGGCUGAGCUCCUCAAAUUGAAAGCAAAGGUGUCAGAUGGGGGAAACAGUCAGGCUUUACAGGAGAAGAUCGAGGCCCUACAGACUGAGUUGCAGGCUGUAAGCAACAGCAAGAUCAUGCUUGAGAAGGAGCUGCAGGAGGUGAUCACGCUUACCUCCACAGAGCUGGAGGAAUACCAAGAGAAAGUCCUGGAACUGGAGGAUGAGCUUCAAGAGUCACGAUGCUUCAAGAAGCGGAUCCGGAAAUUAGAAGAUGCCAACAAGAAGCUCACACUGGAACUGGAACACGAAAAAGGGAAGUUGGCUGGAUUGUCACAGUCCCACAAUUCACUGCGGGAGCAUGCCAACAUUUUGGAGUCUGCGUUAGCGAAGAGAGAGGCAGAUCUUGUCCAACUCAACUUGCAGGUUCAAGCUGUUUUGAAGAGAAAGGAGGAGGAAGACCAGCAGAUGAAACAGGUUGUGCAAACUCUACAGCUUGCCUUGGAAAAAGAGAAGACUAAAGUCAAAGAUCUGAAAGAUCAGGUGGCAGCAGCAAAAGCAGAAGCAGCCCAUAACAGGCGGCACUACAGGGCGGCUAUGCUGGAGCUGUCAGAGAUCAAGAAGGACCUGCAGUCCAAAGAGGAACUGGUCAAAGUUCUGCAGGAAGAAGCCCUUAAACUACAGAUGCAAGAUGAGCAACACUCUCAGGAAGUGUCCAGGUUCCAAGAAGACCUGGCUGAGGCUCAGUCCCAGCUCCAGAUCCUUCAGAAGCAACUGGAUGAGGAACUCGCAAAGCAGCCUCUCACUAACCAGGAGGUGGAGGACCUGAAGUGGGAGGUUCAGCAGAGGCAGAGGGAGAUUGAGGCUCAAAAGCAGCAGCUGGAGAUGAUGGAGCAGUGCCACCACACUGAGCUGGAUAACCUACAGACUGCUCUGCAGAGCAUCAAGGUGGAGCUGGAGUCUGUGCAGGAGGAGCUGAGCAGCACCAGAAAGGACAAGUUCAUGCUGCAGGCCAAAGUAGGUGAGCUGAGGAACAGCAUGAAGACAGUCCUGCUGCAGAACCAGCAGCUGAAACAAGACCUGAAACAGACCCGUCUAACAAAGCAACGCAUAGAGUUGAAAGGAGAUGGGAACCCAUCCAACCCAGUGACACCAGUCAAGAUCCCAGACUGCCCAGUGCCUGCUACCCUGCUGGAUGAGUUGCUAAAACCAUCAGCUUCUGUUAAUAAAGAGCCUCUCAACAAUCUGCACAACUGUCUAAGGCAGCUCAAGGAAGAGAUGGACAGUCUCCAAAGGCAGAUGGAAGAACACACAGUGACAGUACAUGAGUCAAUAAACACAUGGACAAACACGGAGGAGGGACUGGUCCUUCAAAACAACAUCUCUAAGUCAUCAAUGCCAUUAAACAAUACAACGGUGGAAAGUAAUCAGCCGGAGGUGGUGCCACUUUUCUCAGGCCACUGAAGGGAGAGUGGAGUUUUAUCCACAAAAACCACUUUUAUUCUCACAGGUUUGCUGUUCCCCUUUUCUUUUCUUCACAAUUGCUGCCAACAUUUGGCAUGGUCCCAUCAGCGCAGAAGUGCUUUUGCAGAGUAAUAAUUUACAUACCAUGGCUUUACACUUUCCCCUUACUCUGUGACGGUUGUUUAUAAUUUUUCUAUGCUGUUGUCAUGCUUAUUUAUUUUGUCAAACAAAACUUGUUUUCCAGCCUCUUUAAGAGGAGUUCUCGCGUUCACUUUUGUUAUAACUGCAGGAUGGUCCAAUUGUUUAAAAUUUUCUGUUUGGCCAAUUUUCCCUUCUUCAGGCAGGUUUAUCCACUACAAUGUGAACAAGUCAUUAUAUUUGCAAUAUUACAUCAAUGGCUUUGUUGCUGCGUAACAUGUUGCCAACAUUUUUUUAAUAUGUUUUGGUUACAGAGCCGCCACAUGGUUAACUGUUCUUCCAUAUCCAUUGUGCCAGUGGAAGAGUGAAGUCACUCAUUUAUGGUUUUAAUGACAUCACACAUCCAAAUGGUAUAGUGUUUUGUUUUAAUAACUACUUGUUAAAAAUAAUGCAGUGUUUUGUAAGGAUACUGUAACUAUGUCCCAUUUGGUUAUUAACUGAAAAUAUUAAUCUCAGCUAUGACAGGGUGUUUAUGUUUGACAUGGACUGCAGAAAUCUGUAUGCAAAAAAAGAAGCCUUAAGCAAUCUUUAAUAUGCUGUUAAUGGUGGUUUUAAUGAAUGUAUUUCUGCUGAGGGAGUGUGCAAGAUUUAAAGAUAUUAUUUCAGUGCAAAUUUAUACUGAAGAGUGGCUUGUGGGUCACAUCAACUGACAUUGCACAGUAAAGAUGAUCAGAGAUUAUAGAACUGACUUUGACACAGUGCGGAAAGAUGAAGCAAAAGUGUUACUAAUAUCAGUGUCUAUACUUUGUUUUUGUUGUUACACUUGGUACUUGUGACUGGCCUUCCAUCAAGUGAUAAAACUUUUUAUGCUUGAUUCACGGUUAAGGGGAAAAACGAAAUUGUUUCCAGAAUUUAAUAUAUUGCUUUUGUAUGGUUGUAAGUUCAUUGUAAUUGUUUAAUGGUGUCGAAGAUUAAAUGCAGG